UCCUUCUCAGGAAGUCUGGUUCGCCUCGACACGACUUCAUCUUCUAGAUUUCUUCCUGAAUUAAUCCGUAUUGAGUCAAACCAGUACACCAGAAACACCGUCCGCACCUGAAGCGUAGCGCCAUAAUUCUUGGAUCCGACUUAACGACCAAGCGAACCGCAAGACACGGUCGCGUCGCCCGAUGCACUAAACGAAAACGGAAGUUUGUUGCCAGCUGUCUGGCUAAGCUUCAGGACUGUAUGCCUACUGCAAUGGAUUGGGGGAGCCAUCUGUGUGGGAAGAUGAGGAGAUCAAGUCGGCGAGUUCAGCUCUCCUCCUCCUCCUCGUCAUCUUGGGGCCUGGAGAUCCACUUUUACCGCACAGACAUCCCACCGUUGGAGUACUCGAAAGGCUGUUACACAGCUGAGGAUCUCUGUGUAGAUGCAGCCCAAAAAUGCUCAAUCUCGCCUCUGUGCCAUAACCUGUUCGCCUUGUACAAUGAGGCACAAGGCAUGUGGUACCCGCCCAACUAUGAGUUCAAGAUCUCCAGUGACUCCAGCCUCAAGCUUCACUACCGUAUGAGGUUUUACUUCAAGAACUGGCAUGGCACGACAGAAGGAGAGUCCCCGGUUUGGCGACACUGUAUCAGUAAACUACGAGGAAGCCAUGGCUCUCAGAAACCCCCUGAAGGAACUCCGCUGCUAGAUUCUGCAUCUCUGGAUUAUCUAUUUGCACAGGGCCAAUCCGACUUCCAAACCGGCUUGGUUCCAGUCAGACCAGCCCAGAGUGAGACAGACAAGCUGGAAAUUGAGAAUGAGUGCCUGGGAAUGGCCGUGAUCGCUAUCACUCACUAUGCUAAGAGCACGGGAAUAUCUCUGUCAACUGCUUCCAAAGAGAUCAACUACAAACGAUUCAUCCCUGAGACACUUAACCGAACCAUAAAGCAGCGCAACAUUUUGACCCGCACCCGCAUCAACAAUGUCUUCAAGAAUUUCCUCCAGGAAUUUAAUGACCGAACAGUCAAGGACAGCAACAUCAAGCUCUACGACCUGAAGCUCAAGUACUUGGCCACACUGGAAGGCCUGACCAGUGGACUGGGAUGUGAGCUGCUGACGCCCAUUUCACUCAACGUAACCCAAGAAGGAGAGCUCAUCAACGGAGGUUACUAUAACCAGAAUCAGAACCUGGAUGCAAGUCAAGACAUGCAGGUCCUGGUUUCUGGUGUCACUGGUAUAUCCUGGAGGAAGAAACCCCCCACUCUACCAGCCAUUCCCAAAGAAAAAGGCAAGCCAAAGAAAACUACAUUUGAUGGAAAAACAAAGAAGAAUGGAACAGACGACGGUUGGCUGGUCUUUUGUGACUUUGAUGAAAUCACACACGCCGUCAUCCGAGAAGCAACUGUCACCAUUAAGAGACAGGACAACAAGAGGAUGGAGUUAAAGAUGGCUUCUCAUGAAGAGGCCCUGUCUUUUGCAGCACUCGUGGACGGCUAUUUCCGACUGACAGUGGAUGCCCACCACUACCUGUGCAAGGAGGUGGCGCCCGCUUCAGUGGUGCAAAAUAUCGAGAAUGGCUGCCAUGGCCCCAUCUGUACGGAGUAUGCGAUUCACAAGUUGCGGCAGGAAGGAAACCAAGAUGGCACUUAUGUCCUGCGCUGGAACUGUACCGAAUACCAGUAUAUCAUCAUUACUGUGGUCUGCAAUGAGUAUGAUCAAAAUCAGCGUCGCACCAUUCCACAAUACAAAAACUUCCAAAUUGAAGUUGGUCCUGAGGGAUUCCGACUGUUUGGCACCGACAUGGUGCGACCCACCCUGAAGGAACUGCUGGAGCAUCUUGGCAGUCAGAGUCUCCGCACUGAGAAUCUUCAUUUCCAUCUCAGCCGUUGCUGUCCCCCACAACCAAGAGAAGUUUCAAAUCUACUAGUGGUCACUAAAGAGAGGGCUCCCACUCCAGAGACUCCCACCCAUCUCAGUUUCCAUCGCAUCCUCAGAGAUCAGAUCAAGAAGGAGGAGCAUCUGGGUGUUGGUACCAGAACCAAUAUCUACUCCGGCAUUCUCAAUGUCAAAAGUGAUGAAGACGAGGAUGCAGGCUACUCCUCCUUCCAGGAAGUCCAUGUGGUCCUCAAAGUGUUGGAUUCUGGACACCGAGACAUCUCCCUGGCCUUUUUCGAAACAGCUAGCAUGAUGCGACAAGUGUCCCACAAACACAUAGUGCUGCUCUAUGGAGUGUGUGUCCAUACACAAAACAUCAUGGUGGAAGAGUAUGUCCAACUUGGACCUUUGGACAUGUUUAUGAGGAGACAGCAGAGCGCACUCAGCACACCGUGGAAGUUCCAGGUUGCCAAGCAACUGGCCUCAGCUCUGAGUUACCUGGAAGACAAAAAGUUGGUCCAUGGCUUUGUCUGUGCCAAGAACAUCCUCAUGGCCCGAGCCGGCCUGGAAGAGGAAGAAGAAGGGCCCUUCAUCAAGCUCAGUGACCCAGGAAUACCAAUCACUGUGCUCUCUAGAGAAGAGACUGUGCACCGCAUUCCCUGGAUAGCUCCAGAGUGUGUGAAGGAUGUGGCAUCCUUGGGCGUCGCAGCAGACAAGUGGGGCUUUGGCACUACACUGUGGGAGAUCUGUUAUGACGGAGAAGUCCCACUCAAAGACAAGAAGCUCACAGAGAAGGAGCGGUUCUACGAUAGAGAGUGCCAACUGGUCACUCCAGACUGCGAAGAGCUGGCAAAACUGAUGACCCACUGCAUGAACUACAACCCCAAAAAGAGGCCUUUCUUCAGGGCUAUUGUCCGAGACCUUGAUGAGGUGGAACGACAAAAUCCCUCUUUUCAACCACCACAAGGAGGUGAGGUUGACCCCACUCUGUUUGAGAAGAGAUUCUUGAAGAAAAUUGCAGACCUGGGGAAGGGCCACUUUGGGAUGGUGGAGCUCUGUCGUUACGACCCUCGUGGUGAUCAGACCGGUGAAUUGGUGGCUGUUAAGUCACUGAAACCAGAGAAGAGUGAUGAGCAGGGCAACAAUUUGUCCACAGAAAUAAACAUCUUGAAGGCUCUCUAUCACAAGAACAUUGUGAAAUACAAGGGCAUUUGCCAGGAAGAAGGUGGUAAAGCCAUUAAGCUGAUCAUGGAGUAUCUUCCUCUGGGAAGUUUGCAGAACUAUCUGGCGAACAACAAAAGCAGGAUUCCUAUCAGCACCCUGAUCAACUACUCCAUUCAGAUUUGUGAGGGAAUGAACUAUCUGGGGUCCAUGAAUUACAUCCACCGCGACCUGGCUGCCCGAAAUGUGCUUGUGGAGAACGUCAGCACAGUGAAGAUUGGUGACUUUGGCCUGACAAAGUGCAUCAAGAAGGACGAAGGCUAUUACAAGGUCACGGAUGACAAUGAAAGUCCUGUGUUCUGGUACGCUCCCGAGUGUCUGACAGAUUGCAAGUUCUUCCUGGCCUCUGACGUCUGGUCGUUCGGUGUGACCAUGUAUGAACUGGUCACUUACUGCGAGUCUGCCGAGGGCCCCAUGAAGAUGUUCCAAAAGAGGAUGGGACGCACACAAGGGCAGACGACCGUCGUCCACCUGGUGGAGCUGCUGCGGAAGGGUUGGAGGUUACCGCAGCCGGACGCUUGUCCCGAUUCUUUGUACCAGCUGAUGUGUCGCUGCUGGGAGGAGUUACCUGACCAGCGGAUCACCUUCAAGCGUCUGAUUGAAGAGCUGACCAACCUGCUGAGUCAAAUGUCGCCGUCCACUGAGGAGUGAGGUCUGGAGCUGGAGGCGGUUGGCUCACACCCUGACAGAGGAGGAGUGAGAGGCUCAGAUUUUAGGGACCUGCGUUUCACCAUGUUAUUGUCUGAAGGAUUGUAUGUAAUGAGCCAGUAGAUUUGCUUUACAACUACAAUGAUGAUUCACAGCUGCAACAUUACUGCGGAGACACAAGUCUGGGUCAGGGCUGCGCCGUGUGGCCUGGAAUUGAUACCAUGAUAUGAAUUGAAUCCAUUCAAGGCAAUAGUUUAGAUCGGUAUACACUAGGGACGGGUGAUACCUUAUCGUACACGAUAUACCGCCAAACACAAUCUCCACCACGACAAUUCUGCAUCUGCAUCUCAUGAUAAAUUCGAUAAACACGCGGCUCACUCACUGCAUUGGACUUGCACAUGUGAACAUGACGAAACCGUGACAGCAACUCAGUCUCUGGAUCUGUCUUUAUUUUAUUAGAUGGACUGGUCCUCAUAGGUUCUUAGGUUCAUAGCAAUCGGGCAGCAGUUAGGGACCAUCAACAAAUUCUACAGCUGUCAAAGUACAAGAGAAAUCUUCAAUAAGGCAAUGGAACACAACCAUUUUUGGAGAGAGAAUUGUGAAAAGGUUUUUCAUCACACAAGACAAAGGACUGACAGUUUGUAUAAUGAUAAGAGAAUAGAAUAUGACUAAAUGAUCAUUUAUUCACAUUAUUUCUAAUGUUUCUUCAGUAGCAUCUAGGAAAUGAGUCCAGACUGGUCCAUAGUUCAAGUCAACUGUUCAGAGACAUGAGAUACACUAGAGAGGUGGCUCAAUUUAACCACUAAAUAUAGCUGGCAGAGCAGUCUGUUAGACACCAGUGGCUUCUACCAGAGACGUGAAAUUUAGUUAUCGCGAUAACUUUUUUUGUCCAUACUGCCCAUCCCUAGUAUACACUGUUCCCUCUCAAUAUCACGGUUCACCUUCCGCGGCUGCGGUGUAUCGUGCAUUUAUACAGGCCAGCCAACUUUCCUUUUUCUCAUGUGGUAACUAUACUUCACAAUGCGCAGUGUGAUGGCAGAUGUCUGUUCCGCUCCACUCAUCUUAUGGUAAAAUUUAAAAGCUCUGCGUGACUCUGCCUCUGCCAUUCGAUUUCUCAAAUGUUGUGGGGUGGUCAGUGAACGUAAUCCCCGCGAUGAAUUUACUGUAAACUGCCAAAACCUGUCAUGCAUAUCACAUGAGAAAUAGUGAUUCCAAAAUAAAGUAUUCAUUCUCAGAUUAAUAUUUGUCCAACAGCCCACCUGCAUCUAGCCGUACACACACACACACACACACACACACACACACACACACACACACACACACACACACACACACCAGUGUUGUGGAGGUGUGUUGCUAGAGUCCCACGCGCAUGCUGCACUCCCCUUCUCUGAGUCUUCACUUCAGCUGCUGGCCCUUUGGCCAAACUUGGAAAGUUGACCUGAAAUGCAUCAUGUUAGAAUUUUUGUUCUCCACAGUUCAUCACAAGCCAGGACUAAAUUGCACGCGAAGGGUUUAGAGAUUCAAAGUUGUGCUCAUCAUCUUCAGCGUCUUGGCCCAGAGUCACAGCAUUUUAUUGUCAGUUAUUAAUUUAUGUGCAAGAUGUGUCGAACAUAUGAACCAGUGGGUGUUUUUACUUUAACAUUUUGGGGGUGGUGGGCUCGUUUCAGUCAGUGUCUCUGUUUUUCAGCCACGGAGUUCCACUUGCUUUUAAAUCACUGGUUAUAAGGCCCAACCCAAAACAGGUGUUGGUCACAGGUUCUUCAUGGUCACACACAAACAUUUAAAAUAACAAUUUUAAUGUGAUGAUUUAAUUGGCUGUGUGAGGUGUGGAUUGGCCAAACAGCAUGGCACUUGUGGAGAAACUCCUGUUGAUAUUGUAAAUGUGUAAUCCUCUGUGUGUGCCAUUUUGUGUCUUCUCUUUUUAAGUGGAUGUAGUUUACUGACAAUAAUCAUGUUUCAAUCUUCAUUUGGUACCAGUGUCUGGCUCGCUGGCUGAUGGUAACUCUUGCUGCAGGUUUGGAGGGAAGGAGUAUCAGGAAUCGACAGUCAUUCCGGAAUGUAGCAGAUGAUCGUCUGCUGAGAAGUAGCAUAAAUAUAUAUUUUUAGAAAUGCAACGAACGGUGAAGUGUGUGUAAAUAAACAAAUGUUGCUGUCAGUCUUGCCUGUGAUCAAUAAAAACACUUCUCCUGCCUGCCUUCUUCUGUGACUGUUUCCAGACUAGUAACAUGAGGCGCUUGUUUAUCUGUGUGGGUGAUGUGUGUCCAAGUGCAUCGGUGUGUUUUCUGUACAUGCCCCUGGUCCCCCUUUGUUCUGUUUCUUUUCAUAUAUGAGCUGCUUAUGAGUUUCUCUUGUGUUGUGCAUCGCGCCUGCACCUUGUGACCUGGUUUGUCACGUUUCAUUAUUCUGUUUUCAAAGUGUUUUUAGUUUACUGUGCAGUUUACUUGCUAGUUGCUUUUAGGUGCAUGUUUGUAUUCGCUAUGUCUUGUCUUGAAGGUGUGUUUCAUUUGUUGUGGGUUUUAUACCCAUGUUGUAUGUGUGUAUUGUGUUAUAUUUUCUGAGU